CUCAGGUAAGUACAAUGGUGGACAGCGUGUACAGGACGCGGUCCCUCGGAGUGGCAGCUGAAGGCCUUCCAGAUCAGUACGCUGAUGGGCAAGCUGCUCGAGUCUGGCAUUACUACAUUGGAGACAAGAGAGGCCGCACAGAUGAGUAUCGCACAUGGAUCCUGGCCCUGCUGCACAGACACAACUGCCGGACGGUGCUGGAUGUCGCCUGUGGCACUGGGGUGGACUCGGAGAUGUUGGUAGAGGAAGGGUUCUCGGUUGUCAGUGUUGAUGCCAGUGAUAAAAUGUUGAAGUAUGCCUUGAAGACUCGCUGGAACAGAAGAAAGGAGCCCGCAUUUGACAAGUGGGGUGAGUGGAUGUAUUGAUUGUGGAGGGCAGGG